AUGGACAGUGAUCCAGGGCUGGACAAAACGGACAUCCUUGAACAACGUGAGAUCUUUCAAAAGGGCGUCGAUGGAGUCGAGUUUCGUACCGUCAGCUGGCAGCGUGCCACCAUCAUCUUCCUCAAGAUCCAGUUUGCCAUGAGCAUUCUCAGUGUUCCCGGUGCCCUCGCCACUCUCGGUGCCGUGGGAGGUGCACUCUCCAUCGUCGGUUGGCAGGCUCUCAACACCUACACUUCUGUCAUCCUCGGUGACUUCCGCAACCGUCACCCCGAGUGCCAUACCUUGGCCGAUAUGUGUGGCCUUCCAUGGGGCCGUAUAGGGAGAGAGCUGGUCGGUGUUCAGAUCCUCGUCGCUCAAGUGCUCAUUACAGCCGCGGGCAUUGUCUCCUGCUCCACCGCCUUCAAUGCUCUAUCCGAACAUGGAGCUUGCACAGUCGUCUUCAGCUUCGUUUCCGCAUGUCUCAUUACCGGUUUCUCAUCCGUACGCACCUUCUCUCGUCUAGGCUGGCUCACCUGGUUUGGCUUCGUCACCUUCUUCAUCGCCGUCUUUAUAUUUGUUGUGGCCGUCACGCAGCAAGACCGUCCUGCUGCUGCGCCACCCACUGGCGACUUCGAUCUCGGAUGGACUGCCAUUGCGUACCCCACAUUCGUUGUCGGCAUGACAGCCAGCGCCAACAUCUUCCUCUGCGGAAGUGGCUCAUCCAUGUACCUGCCUGUGGUCUCCGAGAUGCGCAAGCCCAGUGACUACCGUAAAGCUGCCAUCAUUACCGGUGUCAUGAACGGUGCCAUGUAUCUCACUUUUUCUCUCGUCAUCUUUCACUGGUGCGGUAUCUGGAUCGCUACACCCGCCUUCGGUAGCGCUGGCGUUCUCUUCAAGAAGAUCUGCUACGGUGUCGCCCUCCCGGGCUUGGUCAUUGGUGUAGGUAUCUACCAGCAUGUCGCCGCCAAGUACCUCUUCGUCCGUGUCCUACGCGAUACGCGUCACCUGCAGGAGAACACCGUCGUGCAUUGGACCACCUGGCUGGGCUCCAACCUGGUCCUUGGCGCAUUGGGCUUCAUUAUAGCUGAAGCCGUGCCCAUCCUCAAUUACCUAUUAGGACUGGCCGGCUCACUAUGCUUCGCGCCCUUCAGCCUCGUCUUCCCGGCCGUGCUGUGGAUGUACGACUUCAGGGCGUUCAGACAAGGAUCUGGCAAGCAAAAGGCGAUGUUCUGGGCCCAUGUGCUCAUCGUGGUGCUAGGUCUAUUUAUGGUUGUUGCCGGAACAUACGGCGUAGCGGUCUCGAUUCGCGAUGCGUUCCGAUCCGGCCUCAUUACGAAGGUAUUCAACUGCGCGGAUAAUUCGGGAACUAUUUCCUGA